AAGGAAUGACUCGUUGACUGCGGCGACCGCAAUUUCGCCAACAUGAGCGCCGUUGUGGGAUUUAUUCUGAACAUAUUUUAAGAACCGCUGGAGAAAAUGGCAGAGAGGUUGGAGUGGGUGGAGAUCAUCGAACCGCGCACGCGUGAGCGGAUGUACGCCAACCUGCUGACUGGCGAGUGCGUGUGGGACCCUCCGCAGGGUGUUUGUAUCAAGCGGACCGGUGACAACCAAUGGUGGGAGCUGUUUGAUCCCAACACCUCGCGAUUCUACUACUACAAUGCCUCUACCCAGCGCACAGUGUGGCACCGGCCCCAGGGCUGUGACAUUAUUCCCCUGGCCAAGUUGCAAACUCUGAAGCAGCACACCGAUGGCACUAACCCCCGUUCUGCAGGCGGAGGAGGAGGGAGAACGUCAGCUGACAACAGUCCAGGACGUAACAGCGGAGUCAGCCGAGAGGGAAGCACCUCCUCGUCCCUCGACCAGGAGCUUUCUGAAAAACAGGGCAACAGAGAGGAGGCAGACAGGACUUCUCCCUUCAGGUGGAACACCGGUACAAAGGAGCGAAUGCUUAUCAAGGUGACAGACAGAGAGCCCAGCUUUUUGGCCCACCAGGGAAAUGGUUAUUCCCCCUGUGACCCUACCGCUCCUGGUCCUCCUUCUGGAGGGGGCACCACCUCUAGAACCCGUCGUUCUUCUGGAGGAAACCCACCUUCAGAACCUGAUGGCUCCCCUGUACUUUAUGGAGAGCGACGUCAGUCUCCUUUCCUGAAGCGGGCUGAGCUGGGCGGCACUGGCACCCACCGCCGCUCCUCAGCUGAUUCCCAGCCUCCCUCGCCCCGCUACGCCUACGAACCCCCGCUGUACGAGGAGCCGCCGUCUGAGUACCAGCCCCCUCCGAUUUACGAGGAGCCUCCCACUGACAUGCACCUCUCGGACCCCUCCGCCUUCUACGGCACUGGCAAGUCACCUGGUCGCAAAUCUUCAGCCCCUCUUUAUCACUCCCCCAAACAGGGCCAGUCGCCCUACGGCCAGCUGGUGCUGACCAGACAGAAGUGUCCAGAGAAGACCCAGAGUCUGGAGUACAGUCCUGUUGGUAAGGAGUACGUCAAACAGCUGGUGUACGUGGAGCAGUCGUCUUCCAGCCCCCGCUUCAAGACGGCUGACCGCCUUCUGCGUUACGGCACUACAGGAGGUUACGGUGGCUCAUACGGGGGAUCCUAUACUCUGCAGCACAGCCAGUCUUUGAUCAGGGAUCCUCGCCUACUGCUGGAUUUCAGUGGGGAGGGUGGAGAGGGAGGCCAGAGGUUGCUAUAUGAGGAUUCCAUAUCCUGGACGUCUAGUCAGACCCACUCCCUCUCCUCAUCCUCGACAGGCGGUCCUGUGGCGUUCUCUCCCGGAGGUAACCGCAAACGUAAGAGCCGCAAGCCGUCCCUUCCCCAGGAGCUCGCACGCUGCGGGGGUCUGGAAGGGGAGCUGGGAGGCACAGCGUCUGAGGCCAUGCUGGCCCAGGCUAAGCUGGCGUGGGAGGCCCAGCAGGUGAUGAAGCAGAGGAGCAGUUGGGACUCGGGGCAGGGUGGGGGGGCAUCCCAGGGCGGUUCCAAAGACGGCUAUGAGAGUGACGGGGCAGUGCCUCUUCCAUUACCAGGACCAGUGGUGAGGGCGUUCAGUGAAGACGAGGCGCUAGCGCAGAGUGACGGACACCACUGGAAACGCAGCACCUUUGACCGGCUGGGGUUCCCCCAGGCCCUGCUAGAGAAAAGCCUCUCUGUCCAGACCAACCUUGCCUCUCCUGAGCCUUACCUCCACCCCUCACAGUCAGAGGACCUCGGAGCCUGUGCCCAGUUUGAGGCCAGUCGAAAUAUGAGGAAUAUGAUGCCGAGCGCCAGCUGCGGCAUUUUCCCAGAAUUCACCCUGAGAAAGCCUUCCUCAGAGACUGACAUCGAAAACUGGGCGUCCAAGCACUUCAACAAACACACACAGGGUCUGUUCAGAAGAAAGGUGUCUAUUGCUAACAUGCUAGCCUGGAGCAGUGAGCCAAUCAAGAAACCCAUGAUUGUGACAUCAGACCGCACCGUAAAGAGGGAAGCAGUAGACAUCUUUAAGCUCAUUCAGACCUUCAUGGGAGACCGUCGCUCCAAGUGUGACUCUCUCUCUGUUGCUCUAGAGAUUGUGGUGCGCGGGUGGAGUAACCAGGGUCUGCGUGAUGAACUCUACAUCCAGCUGUGUCGUCAAACAACAGAGAACUUCCGGUAUGACAGUCUGGAGCGAGGAUGGGAGCUCAUGGCCAUCUGUUUAGCAUUUUUCCCCCCCACACCUCGCUUUCACACCUACCUGGAGGGCUACAUCUGCAGACACAUGGACCCUCUCAACGACACCAAGGGAGUGGCCAUUAGCAGCUAUGCUAAAUACUGUUACAGGAAACUGACAAAAGCUGCUCUGACUGGUGCCAAAAAGGGCCUGCAGAAGCCAUGUAUAGAGGAGAUCAAGCAUGCCAGGAAUGCCAUCUUCAGUCCCUCCAUGUUUGGGUCCUCCCUGGACGAGGUAAUGGCGCUCCAGAAGGAGCGGUACCCAGACAGCCAGCUCCCCUGGGUGCAGACUCGUCUCUCUGAAGAGGUUUUAGGUCUCAAUGGAGACCAGACAGAAGGUAUAUUCAGGGUACCAGGGGACAUAGAUGAAGUCAAUGCUCUCAAGCUGCAAGUGGAUCAAUGGAAAAUCCCCACAGGACUAGAAGACCCACACAUCCCAGCCUCUCUGCUAAAGCUCUGGUACAGGGAGCUGGAGGAGCCACUGAUCCCUCAUGAGUUUUAUGAGGAGUGUAUCAGUCACUAUGACAACCCAGAGGCAGCUGUCAAUGUGGUGCUGGGUCUGCCACACAUCAACAAACUGGUGCUCUGCUACCUCAUCCGCUUCCUACAGGUAUUUGCCCAGCCCGCCAACGUGGCCAUCACCAAGAUGGAUGUGAACAACUUGGCCAUGGUCAUGGCUCCCAAUUGUCUGCGCUGCCAGUCUGAUGACCCGAGGGUAAUCUUUGAGAACACCCGCAAGGAGAUGUCCUUCAUCCGGGUGCUGAUCCAGCGGUUGGACACCAGCUUCAUGGAUGGAAUACUAUAGCCCCCCACCACACACAUACAGACACACACUACCCAUACUUUAUUCGAAGCCUCCCAUACGCUCCCUUUAACCCUCUCCAUGACAGGCCCCUACACACACCUCCACUACAGGAACAUUAUACAUACACAUUCCCUCCCCAACAUGUUAACUUUUCUGGAACUAACAAAACUGCCUUGUUUCGAGUUUGACCACUGUACAUUUUGAGUUGAACUAGCUGUUUUUUCUAUUUCUGUAGGUGUAGUCCUUUAACUGACAUUUACAUAAGACAAACACCAGUAUUGGAGUUCCAAGGUUUUCAUAUUCUAACAGUACUGUGUGUGCCUUCACAUGUAUUAAACAGUACACACAUACAGUAGGAAGGAAUUAGCAGGGAUCUCAUCAUUUUGUUGGAUUCAUGUUAGUGUCUCUGACCCACUGAGAGUUCAGGACCUUAAAGGUUAAUUUUAAAUCCGAAUUGUUUUAUAUGAACUGAUUUUUCUCUUCCCCCCCCCUGCUUAAACACACAGACACUGUCACAUACAAAUUGACACACUCACACACCUACACACACAUAUUAGUACAUGCACACACUUGCAUUGAAAGCCUCCUUCUGCAGUGUACAAUACCAUCUAACACAAAGCAAGAAUCAUCACUGAGGCGAAUGAUGGGUUCAUUCAAACAUACAUUUCAGACACAUUGUACAAGUGGUAAAGUCUCUCACUUGUGCACAGGCCAUGCAAUACAUUUAUAGGGUUAAGCACCAGAUUUUCACAAGAUAUAAAGCCUAACUGCACCAUUAAAUACUUUUUUUCAUUUGAUUUAUGCCUCAGACACUAAAGGCCAGUCAACGUGUGUAUAUGUUUAGGAAAAGGCAUAUGCAUGGUUUUAGUGCGUACAUAUUGUUUAUGCACCUGGUCUCUGGUGUACAGUCGAAGCUGUGUCGGACAUUGUGUUACUUUCAGUGACUACGUGUAGCUGUAGAGGAAGAGGGUCAUCUAUUGGAGGACAAAGACAUCAGUUAGCCAUCAAGUGAGGAGAAUGUUGACACUAAAUCAGCCCUUGUUGUGUUUUGGCUUCAAGGUCCCUACGCCUGUAGGGUUUAUUGACAGAAUAGGAAAGACUGUUCAAAGUACAUUCCAGAAGCUUUAAAUAUGAAGUGAACACAACAUACUCAAAAGCAGUUAUUUCAUUCAGGGUAUCUGCAGGUCUUGAAAACUCUUAAAAAGCAGUGAAUAUAGUUUACGCCCAAAGGCCUGAGCAGGUCCAAAUAAGUCUUACAUUAAGUUUAUUAUAAUAUAUUAUCACCUAAUUAAAAAGUAGGCACUAAUGUUUUGCAGGUUGUCUGGAAAAGUUACCCAGCUGACUGUUCCACAGGAGGCUGUCUAAUCCUGUCUUUACACCUGUUCAUAGUGUAGAUUCGAGAAAUAAUGCUCUUUCAAUUGGUUGAUCCAUCCAUUUAUGUCUUGCAAAAAUAUAAUAUUUCUGAUCAGCAGGCACUGGGGCCGUCCACAAGUGACAAUUAUGGGGUAAGGGUGGAUGCUAAUACACAGAGUAACACAAUAAUAACACAAAUAGAAGAAUCAUUAAGUCAUCAGUCCCACUCAGUGAUGUCCGGCAGUGGUGGAAAAAGUAUUCAGAUCACUUACUUCAGUAAAAGUACUAAUACCACACAGUGAAACUACUACACACGAGUACUAGGACUAAGUAAAAGUCCUGCAUUUAAAACUUACUGAAGUAAAAGUACAAAAGUAUCAGCAUCAAAAUGUACUUAAAGUAUCAAAAGGAAAAGUACUCUUUAUGCAGAAUGGACCCACUCAGAUUGUUUUAUUUAUUCUAAAUAUAUUAUUGGAUUAUUAUUAUUAUCGAUGCAUUUAUGUUAACAGAAUUUUAAUUUUCUCAUGGCAGGGCUGAUUUUAAAUACUUAAUAUACUGUUAUGAGCAGUGAUUUGCCAGUCAAGCCUCAU